CUCACCAAUGAACGUCUCAGUGUGGAUGUCCUUCAUUUCUCUGUCUGGCUGCUUAACUUGCCAUCUCGGAUCCAAAUUCGCUAUCUAAAAAACGGGAAAAGAGCACCCCCGGAUUGCCGCUGCACAUCGCGCAGCCUCUCGAGCUCCUAAAUCGCGUGACAUUCUGGAGCGUUUAAAACAACUUUGACUGCGCGCGACAUGGAGUGCAGAGUGCUGUCGAUUCAGAGUCAUGUCGUGAGAGGAUAUGUGGGAAAUAAAUCUGCAUCCUUUCCCUUACAGGUCUUGGGCUUUGAGGUGGACUCUAUCAACUCUGUUCAAUUUUCUAACCACACAGGUUACGCUCACUGGAAGGGGCAGGUGUUGACAGCGGAUGAGCUUCACGUCUUGUAUGAGGGGAUCAAACUCAACAAUGUCAACCACUAUGACUACGUACUCACAGGUUACACUAGAGAUACAUCAUUUCUGGAGAUGGUGGUUGAUAUUAUACAGGAGCUGAAAAGAGCAAAUCCUAACCUUGUAUAUGUUUGUGACCCUGUGCUGGGUGACCACGGUUCAAUGUAUGUCCCACAGAAUCUGCAUCCAGUGUACAGGAAUAAAGUGGUGCCGGUGGCUGAUAUCAUUACACCGAACCAGUUUGAGGCCGAGCUGUUGACAGGGAAGAAUAUUAGCACAGAGAAAGAUGCUGUUGAGGUGAUGGAUCUGCUGCAUAAGAUGGGUCCAGACACCGUGGUCAUAACCAGCUCGGAUCUUCCCCCUCGUCUCGGAGACAGAUUUCUGGUGUCUUUCGGCAGUAAGAGGAUUUUGAUGCCAGACGGCACGAGGACGACCCAGCGGAUCCGAAUAGAGGUGCCAAAGGUGGACGCCGUGUUUGUGGGCACCGGCGAUCUGUUUGCCGCCAUGCUGCUGGCCUGGACCCACCAUUACCCAACAGACCUGAAGACGGCAUGCGAGAAGACUUUCUCAGUUAUGCACCAUGUCAUUCAGAGGACUAUCUCCUUUGCUCACGAGAUGGCAGGCCCCGGUAGAAGACCCAGCCCGGCCCAGCUGGAGUUACGCAUGGUCCAGAGCAAAGCCGACAUAGAAGAUCCAGCCAUAGUGAUGGAGGCUACGAUUCUAUAGAGCUGCCGAACAGCACAUCUCAUCCAAACAUCAUCCUCCGCUCACAACUGCACAAUGUAUAGAUGUUGUACAUUUUGAUAUGUAAUGUGACAUUGCCUUAGAAUCUCAGCCAGAGUACAACAGAUCCAUUUCAAGAGAUUCAGCAGGGUACAGCCAACCGAACGCGAGGGAGAGAGCAGUGACUCGCAGAGAGAGAUUUAUCGUGUUUCUUCACCUUUCUCUCUCUCUCUCCCUCUCUUUCUCUCAAAGCUCCUGAAGAACUCUGGUUCGUCCUGCACAUUAAGCCCAGACUCGUGACAUUUCCUGACCAGGUCAGUUAUGUACCUAAACUGCCAUUGACUUAGUGAGGACCAAUUCAACAAAAUGACAAUGUUUGACACAGUAUGCGUGGGAGAGACAAGAGUUGUAAAGAAAUGUCUGGGUCAUAUUUCACUUCAAAAUGUAAAGGAAAAAAAACAACACAUUUUAUUAGAUUAGAAUAGUGUCUGUUAACUGAAAUGGACACAUUUAAAGAAUUGUUGAUAAUUAUUGUGUAAAAAAUAUGUAAAGCAAAACAACAAUAAUGAUAUUUAAAUUGUAAAGUGUAUUUUUAGAGUACAGUUGAAAGUAUGUAUUAUGGUGUAGUAUUUGUUGUUCUGAAUUUAAUGUACAGCGAUUUAAAAAAAAAAAGAGUGUUUUAAUACACUGUCACAAUAAUGAGAAUAAGAUGCGAAUAGAUGAAAUUAAUUUACUCUGUAUAAAAACAAUUCCAUUGUUUUGUGGUUAAAUAUGACCUGGACAUUUCUUAGCCAUAAUUAUUGCACCAAACUUGAAAAGAUUUUUGUGGCCAAACUCAAAAAUAAGUCAUUAAGUAUGAUACAGACCCAAAGUCUAACUAAUGUGAAAGAGUCCAGUUAGUGUUAAAAUCUGCGUUUUAUUUGUUCUUGUUGUUUUUUUUCACUGAAAGGAGUUUUGUUUUUAAAAUGUGCUGCUGUAUCGUGUGACUUUGUUUUUAGUGAUAAGAUGAUGUACUGUAAUAUUUUUGGCCUUGCUCACGUUUAUGAUUUCCUUCUCCUUCCUUUGUUUUGAUUUUACAUUGAGCAUUUAUUAAUGCGCUACUUCAUUUCUCAUGUCAUUUGCAUACAUCAGUGUUACUAAUAAUGUCAUCUCAUUUCCUUUCAACUGAUUGUAUUUGCAUCGAUAAUCUACUUGUUUGUACAGGCAGAAGAAACUUUAAGUAGUUCAAAAUAGUUUUUAACUUUUUAUUUGACAGUAUUUUCAUAUCGCAAAGGAAACGAUUUGUAUGAAGUUGGCUUCGGGUGAACGUUUUAAAAUGCCUUGGAAGAAGUAGCUCUGUGUAACCUGUGCCGGGUGCUUCACGGUUACAAUGCUGUAAAACAAAAUAAAAGGCAAAUGAGUUAUACAUCUUAUCAGACUUGUUCUCCUUUAUUCAGUCCGUAAGGAUAUUCAGGCACCGGCUUGUGUUCUGUUGUGUGAUCUAGUUUACAUUACAAACAGCACUUUUGUAGAUUUAUUAACGCCCGUUAAUUACUUGUUUAGUGGAUUUCUGUUUUACACACCACUGAUCCUCCAACACAGUCAUGUUACUUUAUUCCAUCUGUUCAUUCUCUGAUCAUUUGACAUUUUCAUUUUUCUCAAUGGUGAUUUAUAUUACAGUAAAAACACUAUAAUGCAAUUUGUUCAACAACAACUCAAAUCACAUUCAGAUUCAAUAAUUUUGAUUUACGUUCACUUGUUCUUAUUCACAUUAAGAUUCACUUAUUCUGAACCGAAUUCAGUUUUUACUCACUCUGAUCAAGAUUCACUCAUUCUGCUUCACAUUCAGGUUAAUUCACUACGAUUACGAUUCACUUAUUUUGAUUCGUAUUCAGGUUCACUUGUUCUGAUUCACAUUUAGAUUCACUAAUUCUAAACCACAAACAGUUUUUACUCAUUUUGAUUCAGAUUCACUCAUAUGGUUCACAUUCUAAGUCACAUACAGGUUUACCAGUUCAGAUUUACAUUCAGGUCCAUUCUUUUAGUUAAAACGCACUUAUUUUGAUUCCAAUUAAGGUUCACUUGUUCUGAUUCACAUUUAGAUUCACUUAUUCUGAACCACGUUCAGUUUUACUCCUGCGUCACAUUCAAGUUUAUUCAUCAUGAUCAAGAUUCACUUGUUUUGAUUUACAUUCGGAUAUACUCAUUCUGAACCACAUUCAGAUUCACUCAUGUGAUUCACAUUCGAAUUCACAUUAAGGUUCACUCCUUCAGAUUUAGAUUCAGGUUCACUUGUUCUGGUUCACAUUAAGAUUCACUCAUUCUGAACCACCUCUAGUUUUACUCAUUCUGCUUCACAUUCAGGUUUAUUCAUUGUGAUCAAGAUUCACUUAUUUUGAUUCACAUUCAGGUUCAUUGAUUAUGAUUAAGAUUCACUUAUUUUGAUUCAAAUUCGGGUUCAUCGAUUUUGAUUAAGAUUCACUUAUUUUGAUUCACAUUCGGAUUUACUCAUUCUGAACCACGUUCAGAUUCAGUUAUUUGAUUCACAUUCGAAUUCACAUUAAGGUUCACUCGUUCAGAUUUACAUUCAGGUUCAUUCUUUUCAUAAAAAUUCACUUAUUUUGAUUGUAAUUUAGGUUCACUUGUUCUGGUUCACAUUAGGAUUCACUCAUUCUGAACCAUGUUCAGUUUUACUCAUUCUGCUUCACAUUCAGGGUUAUUCAUUGUGAUCAAGAUUCACUUAUUUUGAUUCACAUUCAGGUUCAUUGAUUAUGAUUAAGAUUCACUUAUUUUGAUUCAAAUUCGGGUUUAUCGAUUUUGAUUAAGAUUCACUUAUUUUGAUUCACAUUCGGAUUUACUCAUUCUGAACCACGUUCAGAUUCAGUUAUUUGAUUCACAUUCGAAUUCACAUUAAGGUUCACUCGUUCAGAUUUACAUUCAGGUUCAUUCUUUUCAUAAAAAUUCACUUAUUUUGAUUGUAAUUUAGGUUCACUUGUUCUGGUUCACAUUAGGAUUCACUCAUUCUGAACCAUGUUCAGUUUUACUCAUUCUGCUUCACAUUCAGGUUUUCUCAUUCUUCUGACCCACAUUCAGUUUCGCUCACUGUGAUUCACUUUCAGAUUCAUUCGUUUUGGAUUUGGAAGUAAUCUAACCGCAAGCUCUUCCUUUUCUUCCUUAGCAAAAAAUGAUGGCCAUGUGCAGGACUAAUCAGGGGUCGGCAUUGCUCCGAGGGGCACAUGCUUCAGCAUUUCAUUAGUUAUAGAGCUUUUAUCUAACUUCUUACGUGUACUUGUACAUUUUUAGUGAGUGUAUGUGUGUGCGAAGUGUACGUGUGAACGACAAAGGACGGUUCUAUUGUGAGUGAGAGUAUUUGUGUUACUUAAAGGAAUAUGAGGGUGUAAGGGGGAGGGGGUAGAUAAAAUAAGGAAAGCCAAGAGCUAGUCUUUGUGAACGUGGACAAUGAGCUGAUACACAGUUGAUUAUGACAUCACUGUCUUGGUAAGAUAAGGGGGGCUUAAAAGCAGAAUUCAAAGAUGCAUCUCGCUCUCGUAGUGGGCAGCCAAAUAUUUUGACUGUUAUCACAGUGAUGUCUAGUGCAUUCCCUGAGGGAAGUUAGAAAUUUUGGGUGACCUACAACAUUUUGUUUGUUUCUGUAUACAUAAAGUAUGUAAAAUGUAUAUUGGUCUGUGAAAAUUGUGUGUUGUCUAUUGUAAGACUGUGGAUCAACGAUGACCAAAUGAUGAUGAGCUCCAUCUAGUGGAUGGGAGCUUAUAUCGCCCGGGCCCACCUACCACAACUCACUCCAUGAACAAACUGCCAUAUAGACGUUUCGUGUUUUAGAUCCUCUAUAAAUGAAUUCCUGGUAGUUCCUUGAGUUAAUAUUUAAAGUUUUAGCUGCCUUCCAUUGCAAGGCUUGGAAGUAGUCCUGCCUUACGAUAUGUACAAAGCACAUUUAGAUGGAAUAUCAGUCUUACUAGUGCUCAGAAACAAAUAUUCAUGUUAGUUGUGACUUGGCUCCGAUUCUUAAACCGUUUCAGUUUGUUUUUGUGUUGUUUAACAGAUCGAGAUACAAGACAGAACAGCAUCGAGGCGUUUUAAUAAGAGUAAAGCAAGAAAAAAACUAUGGACUAGAAAUGUCUUGAAUCUCCUGUGAAAUCAUCAUCUUGAGUAAAAUGAGUGUUCAGAUCACUGUGCUUGCUGUAAUGUACUCUAUUCUCUUCCUAGAAUAUUAUAGCAAGAGUACACAAAGUCACAGUAGUCCUCCUUACAGAAGGGCAGAUAGCCCCAAAUGUGAAUUUCAAUGACAUCAUAAUGGGCAGGGUGACAUGUUGCCAUGGCAACGAUUACAGGCAACAUUCUAUUCCUCUGUAAAUACGUGUGUUCUAGUGACACAUUAACGUUCCACACUUCAUUUGGGUUCCCUACUUGUUCACAUGGUUGGUGUCAAAAAACGCUUUUAUUUGCUAACGGUUUCCUUUGUGAAUGGGGUCAGAAAAGAUGAUAAAAAAUAAAUGUUUGGUAAAGUUUUUAGUGCUUUGGUUUCAUAUUCGGAACAUUUUAUAAUAUGUAACAAACAAUAAAGAUUGUAGUGUACAAAUCAACAUUUAUAAUGUAUGUAUGUUAUAAUGCAAUAAAGAAAACAAUCUAUUAUAUUAAA